AUGCUUGUAGAAAAAGUUUCAUUUCAAGUAAGUUUCAAAGGAAAAACUCUCCAGAUAAAAGAUUUCCCUUUUGAUAAAACAAUAUUGGAACUAAAAGAACAUCUUGAAGAAUUAACAAAUAUUCCUAAAGAAUAUCAAAAAUUGAUAUUUAAAGUUAUAUUGAAAGAUGCUUUCACAUUACGAGAAGGUAAUAUUAAAAAUGGUACCAAGGUGAUGUUAAUGGGUAGUUCGCAACAGGAAAUCCAAAAUUUAAAAGAAUCUGAAUCAAAGUCGUCGUCGAUAAAACACGAAUCAAAAUAUGCGAUUAACCCAUAUAAAAAUUUGAAAAAAGUUCAAGGUUUAAAUUCACAGAAAUACACGUUUCAUCAAAUAAGAGUAAUUGAAAAAAUUCCAAAAUCUGAAAAAGCACAUGAAAUACUUGAAAGGUUACGCGAUGAUCGAGGGAUAAAAGCCAUAAUGCAAAAAUAUAAAUUUUCAGUUGGAACGCUGCAAGAGAUGGAUUUUUCUAGAAUGUUUCUAUCAUCUAAUAAUACAAAAUUAUUGGGAUAUAACCUCAACAGAGGAGAAUCAAUCUCGUUGAGAUUGAGAACUGAUGAUUUGCAAGGAUUCAGACAUUAUGCUGAUAUUAAAAAAGUUUUAUUGCAUGAGUUAACACAUAAUGUUUGGGAUGGACACGGUGAAAAUUUCCAUCAACUCAAUAGACAACUUAAUAAAGAUGCCGUCUCAUUAGAUUGGACUUUAUCAGAUGGCAAAAAACUUUCCAAUGAGGAGUUUUAUAAUCCAUCAGAACAAGAAGGAAUUGAUACUAGAUCAUGGCAAGGUGGUGCUUAUGUGUUAGGCGGUGAUACUGAACGUGCUAAAAUGCUUUCUAAACGUGAACUUUUAGCUGAAGCUACAUUAAUGCGAUUAACGAAAGAAGAGAAAGAGUUGGACGAAAGCUGUGGGUCUGGAUCCAACCCUUCAUCUGAUCCUACGUUUGAAAAUCAUUAA